AUGUCACUGUAGCCCCUACUCUGCGGUGCAGGAGCCGAGGAACGUCUAGCCGGACUUCUUCCCGUCUCCGCUUCCUCCCGUCAUCCCUUGCGCCGCCUUUCCUUUCUCUUUUCCUCGUCGGCCAUUGCGGUUGAGGCCUGAGCUUCAGACAUGUCAUCCCACAAGACAUUCAAGAUCAAGCGGUUCCUUGCUAAGAAGCAGAAACAGAACCGGCCUAUCCCACAAUGGAUCCGCAUGAAAACCGGCAAUAAGAUCAGGUACAACUCCAAAAGGAGACACUGGAGGAGGACCAAGCUGGGCCUGUGAAAGGAAGCAGCUUUGCCCCCAUCAGCAUGCCUAUCCUGUGUUAAGCUCUCAAGCCUAGAAUGGCCCCUUUCUACAGAUCUGCCACAGCUCUAUUUUACAGAGCUGAACCCUGUCAUAUAUUGUGCAGUUUUUCUCUUUCCUAAAACUUUAUUUUCACAAGGAGUUUCUGAAAAGAAUUAAAACUGAAUAAUGGGGA